GGUCUGCCGAAAUGUCCCUACCUCUUCUACGGCUUUUACCAGCCACACAAUGUCCACGUGCAGCACGGCCUGACCUACAACUUCUCCCUCGCCUACCUCCUCACCAACAUCGCCAUCUUCCUCCUCACCUACAGCUGGAUCAGUCAGGCUGUUCGCCUCAAACACAGCUCCAUUCGGUACCAGCUACAGCUCCAUUCGGUACCAGCUACAGGUCAGUGUGACACCCCCAAACCCGCACAGGGGGAUCCACACACAGGGGGGAGAUACCGCCCCCCUCCAAACCGCACAGGGGGAUCCCACACACAGGGGGGAGAUACCGCCCCCCACCGACUGCACAGGGGGAUCCCACACACAGGGGGGAGGGGGUGGAUUUCUGUGUCACCCAGAGUCAGGCUGUUCGCCUCAAACACAGCUCCAUUCGGUACCAGCUACAGAUGGACCUUCAGGAGGAAUUUCUGCGACAGAAAAUCGCGGCCCGCACCCGAAAGCAGAGGAGCCGUCAUCUGCCUGAGACGGUUACUGCUCAAUCUGCUGGUGCUCGCGAUCAUCGGAGCGGCGUUCUUCGCUAUUUACAGGGCCACUGCUUUCUCACAAGCUCACUCCACGACCACAGGGAUUACGGGGCUCCUGAUCCAGUACCUCCCCUCCAUCGUGAUCACAGCCGCGAACCUCAUCACCCCCGUGGUGUUCAACCAGCUGGUCGUCUGGGAAAAAUACUCGCCCCCCACAGAGAUCCAACUCUCUCUCCUCCGGUCUGUGUUCCUGAAGUUUGCCAGCCUCGGGGUUCUCCUGUACACUCUGUGGAGUCAGCUGACCUGUCACGGGGACUCGGUUACAGCCAGCGACUGUCAGCUCUGCGGCUACAACUACAUGGAAUACCAGUGCUGGGAGACUAAGGUUGGACAGGAGAUGUACAAACUGAUGAUCUUCGACUUCCUCAUCAUCAUCGCCGUCAUGAUCCUGGUCGAUUUCCCACGCAAGAUGGUAGUACAGCACUGCAGGUGGAGGGUGGCCGAGCUCUGGGGGCUGCAGGAGUUCGCGGUCCCUCAGAACGUUCUGGAGAUGGUUUACGGACAGACCCUGUGCUGGAUCGGCUCGUUCUACAGCCCCCUCCUCCCCCUCCUCAACACCCUCAAGUACCUCCUCACCUACCACCUCAAG